GCAUGGUUUGGUUCACGAAUCCCCCGGUUACACCUGUCCUUUUUGUGUGGAUCAGACACACAAAUAUCCCAGGCCGGAUAACUUGCAACGGCACGUUCGAGCGCACCACACAGAUCGAGACCGUGACGACCCUAUAUUGCGCCAGGUCCUCGGCCACCGGGAAGAGAGCGCAGGACGUGGCGGCCGAAGACGAAUGCGCUCUUUCCUUGUAUAG